GAAAUCAUUAUAAAUAGUUCGAAGCGAGUGUUACGCGUGGUAAUCUGUUGCUUGUGCUGUGCAUAGAAAUGGUGUUGCUUUUUCUUUUCUACUACAGUGGUCUUCUUCGGUGUUAGCUCUACGAAUUCGAAAUUUCUUUAACGACCGGAAACCAGUUUGAUAUUUUGUGGUGGUAGUCGAAUCCAUCAGUUGGACUACUCUGGCACGUGUUUUUCAUGAAAACAAGCACGUGUUACGACAUCUUUGAAAUCAACUGACGAAUGAACUGGUUCUUUUGCAGGAACGAGUGGAUUUCCAAAAGUUUAACUACAGAUGGCUGAAGAUAAAGCGAAAGAAGAAGCACCCGGUGUUGCCUCUUUGACUGAAGAUUUAAAAGCCGUACAAAUGCAGUCAAUAAUCCAGUACAUUCUGAUCCGAGGAGAUCUAUUCCGAGAACUGAAUUGGUCAUCUGGUGCUGUUAUUGCUCAAGCCUGCCACGCUAGUACCGCUUGUAUAGCAACAUAUUUAAAACAAAACGAUAACCAUACCGUAGAAUAUAUAGCAGACAUGGAAAACAUGCACAAAGUCGUUUUAGACGUCAUUAACGAAAAAGAAAUAUUGAAAGUGUCCAAAGCUCUAACGGAGAACAAUAUCCUCCAUACGUUAUGGUACGAAAAACCUGAGAAUAUUCCUACUUGUAUUGCUGUGAAGCCGUAUCCGAGAAAUGAUCUCAAGAAAUAUCUUAAAAAAUUUAAGUUAUUUAGUUAUCCUAUUCUUGCGCCUUCUUCCAAGAAAGAUUAAACGCCUUUCCGAUGUUU